GUCGUGUUUCAGGUACUGUGGAUGUGCUAAGAACAGCUGCAAAGCACCAAUCUGGAUUAAAGUGUGGCAGUGUAACAAACAAAUAACAUGUGAAAUAGAACCAGUCGAUAAAAUACUCAUACUCCAUAUUAUCGAGAUUAAAAUGGUAUUGCUGGCCCAAGGGCCGUGGCCCUUCGAUAUUGCUGUUCAACUCCAAAAUACCCGGAAUCUUAACCGACAUAUAACCGGCUAUCAUAGUUGCUAUCGUUACCCGUGCAUUAUUUCAUCGGAAUCCACCUUUACGUCCCGCAGUGACUGUUCCUGCAAGAAGCGAUCAACCGAUAAGCCAUUGUUUCAAAGGACAACAGAGUCGUCCGUUGGUGUAUUACUAUCGCAAGGAAGAUAUAACCGUGAAACGUCGCGGUCUGUGCUAUCAUUGCAGUUGAACGUUGCUGCUAACGUGACCAGACCAAACCGGUGGCAAAGAUUGUUGAUGGGCCCGCUGGCGGCGGAUGCCCCGCAUUCUUUCACUGCAUGGAUUCAAUGAGUCGCAACGAGGCGAACAGCAGCAGCCACCACCAAAACAAGGUGGUCUUAAUGAAUCAAGGAACUGAUAGCAAUAACGAAGGAGCUAAUAAUCUAACCAGUAGCGGUAGCAGCAAUAACAGCAGCGGCGGCACCAACAGCCACAGUAACAGCGGCACACGAGGCAACAGCACUAGCAGUAGCGGUAGUAGGAACAACAUUAUUAGUAUUAGCGGUAGUAAGAGCAAUAGCAGCGUCAGUGACGGUAACCCUGGUGACGGUAACCAACCAACGCACACCACUAUUCAUCAGCAUCGUCUUCAGCAACAUCCGGCAUCUUCGUCGGCUACGCUUGAUCAUCCUGCGAAUCCGGUCGAAUCGGCGGACCGUGGAAGCUAUAACGCACUAGUGGUGGUGCCGGCUGUCGUCUCUUCGUCUUCGUCAUCGGCAGAUAUCAAAGAUUCUAAUUUUGACGACGAUAACGAGUGGGACGUCGGAAUAGGAGAUUUAAUAAUCGAUUUGGACGCCGACAUUGAAAAGACUGGUGCAAAUCAACAACAGCAACAGCAACAUCAGCAAAGACAGCAAUUACAGCAGAAUCAGCAGCCCAAUAGUACGACUCCUGGUGGUGGUGUGCUGCAAUUCCUAUCAACCAGCGGUGGUGGCAGCAACAGUGGUGAGUCAUCAGCAACUGCUAUUUCCUCCGCGGCUGCUCAUAGUAAUCAGGCACGAAGCGGGAACACUUCGGGUAAGAGUCGAAAAACCAGCCCAGUUAGUGUGCCAAGCGACACUAGAGAGAAAACAUCUUCAUCAGGGGCGGCAACAGGAAGCAGUGGGAGUGGUGGAAGUAGUAGCUCGAAAGGGCACCAUCACCACCAUCACCACCAUCAUCACCAUCAUCAUCAUCACCACCAUCGUCACAAACAGCAGCAGUUGAGUGGUAGUAGCAGUAGUACCAGUUUGAGUUCAGGGGAAAAAAGUGGAGAAUCGCAAGGUAGUAGGGUUCGUACCUCAAGUAAUACUUCUACGGGCGGUUCUGUUUCCACCUCGCACUCUGCCGAACCAGCUUCUGUAACUGCUGUUCCAUCGUCUGCAGGACAAGGAGUAAGACCUCAUACUACGGGUAACGAUACUCCCGAUAGUGGUGGUUCGCGCGGAGAUAUCCACACCUAUUCGAAUACCCACGGUGGUAACAGUAGUCGAAGUAAACAAAACGCACCUGGCAGCAGCAGUGGUGGUAGCAAUAGUAACAACAGUAACAGCAGUAAUACCACAAUGUCUUCGACUACUAGCAGCUCGGGUAGUAAGUCAACGACCAAACUGUCGGUUGACCACCAAGCAACCCUGGAUAAGGGGCUCAAGAUGAAGAUUAAGCGUACGAAACCGGGCACAAAAACAUCCGAAGCAAAGCAUGAAAUUGUCAAAUCAGAUCAAAAUGGUACCACAUCAACAACGGCAACGUUAAGUUCCGGCGGUGGUACGGUGGGUGCCGGCACGACGGGCAUCGGAUCGUCUGCUGCCCUAACAAAUACGACUGGUGUUACAGGCAUGACCACAUCGUCUCUGGUAGGCACUGGGUCUGGUUCAUUAACCGCCGUUGGCACAUUAGGGGGCGCUGGUGGACCUAACAUGAACGUCAAUAGUGGAGGCGGUACAGCGAGUGGUCACAUAUCGACUGAUUCCGAUAGUACGGGUAUGGGUGGUGGAGGAGCAAUUGGAACGGCGGCUGGAGUGGCUGGAAGUGGCGUGGGAGGAGUGUUGAAUCCGGGGUUAAAUUCGAGCACGGUUGGCCAUCCAAGUGGCGGUUCGGGAGUGAUUGGAUCUGGUGUCAACUGUGGCAAUACACUCGUCAAUAGCAACACUCCCAAUGGCAGUAAUAACAGUAAUUUAGGCAUAAGUACCGGUGGCGGGACUGCUAGCAACAGUGGCAGUGGGAGCAACAUCAACACCGGCAGUAUCGUAUUGGGCAGCUCUGGGAAGAAGCACUCGUCCCAAUCCGCCAGUAUCGGUACCAUGGGUGGUAACAGCAAUAGUAGUGGUAGCAACAAUGCCCAACAACAGAUGAGCUCCAAUAUUCUUACAGCGCAACAACAGCAACAGUCCCAGCAGCAUCAGCAGCAUCAACAACAACCGGUUCCGAGUUCAAAUAAACGGGGCAGCAGCAGCCACCGGAGAGACAAGGGAAAGGAUAAAACUACACACCACAAUCAGCGUGAUAAGAAUGAGCAAUUGCAACAACAGCAGCAACAUCAAGGAACUGGCGGUGGAGCUAGUGGUGGUGGUGGACCAGCCGAUAUCGGCAUUGGUACGAGUGGACUAACCAACAGCCGAUCCACGAGCGGAAACUGCAUUUGUGUGGUCAACCACGAUGUUCAAGUAAACGGGUUACUCCAGCAACAGCCCUGCUCCAGUGCAUCCUGUAUAUAUGCCAAGUCUGGAAGCAAUAAUAGUGAUCAUGGCAGUGGUGGCAGCAUAACACUCGGUUCAUCGCAUCGAAUAGGAGCAGGAGGAAUCAUUCCAGGCAGUUUAAGUGUUGGUACGGGUUCGAACUCUGGAAGUACAACUAACGCUCCGAACGCUCCUGGUCCGCCGGUGAUAGGAAAGGACAUCAACAAGCUUUUAAACCUAAACGUUCCUAGCACAGGAACACAUAAUUCCAGUGGAUCUAAUACCAACAACAGCAGCAGUAUUUCCGGCUCCGGUACCAGCAACAUUUCGAAUGCCGCCAACAAUUUGCAUACCGGUGGAACCGGUGUGUUAAAAGCUCAAUUGCAGGCGGGUUCCAUGGCCGGGACUGUUAAUGAAGCUGCCGGAACGACGACAACAAAUAUGAUGGGUGUGGGAAUGUUUGCCGGUGGUGUUGCAUCCUCGCCAAACCUUUCGGCCGCUCUGUCAGCGCACGAAGAUAAGAGUGGAUCGAGUCCUCCCCCCGCCAAACGUCACAAGGGCGAACGGAAGGAAAUGGUAGAUGUAUGUGUUGGAACGUCCGUUGGCACAAUAACCGAACCGGACUGUUUGGGACCUUGUGAGCCGGGCACGUCCGUUACACUGGAGGGAAUUGUUUGGCACGAAACUGAGGGUGGAGUUUUGGUAGUAAAUGUCACCUGGCGGGGCAAAACCUACGUCGGGACGUUGAUCGACUGCACCAAACACGAUUGGGCUCCUCCAAGGUUUUGUGAUUCUCCAACUGAAGAGUUAGACUCGAGGACACCAAAAGGACGAGGUAAAAGAGGGCGAAGUUCAGCAUUGCUGCCAUCGAACGAUCUUAGUAAUUUCACAGAAACACGAAGCUCGAUGCACAGUAAGUUAAGGAAUGGUGGUUCUAAAGGUCGAGGAGGCAGAGGGGGCAUUAUUGAAACGAAUGCGGCAAGUAGUGGAGCAACUGGAGGAGUAAAACUUCCAACCCUCACUGCCAGUGCAAACGUUCUUGGCACAGGUAACAAUGGUGGAUCGCUGGGUGCCACCAAUACACCUUCUACAUCUCCUGUAGCUUUUCUGCCGCCGAGGGCAGAAAAACGCAAAUCAAAAGAUGAGUCGCCAUCUCCGCUCGGAGCUGGCAGUGGUAGUGGUGGCACCACGGGAGCAGGAGUCGGUAGUAACAAUGGUGCACCGAACACCAUGAGCAACAAUGUGAUAAACCCUGCGUCUGUAAAUAUGGGAGGCAACAGCUCCGGCAGUGGAGGGAAUGGUUUUAACAAUGGUUCCAACACAGACAGUGGUGGUGGCCACACGUCAAACUCCUCGUCAAUCGUUAACCUCGUCACGGGAUUGAACGUGCAGAUCAGUGGUGGUGGUAGCGGCAAUAGCACUGUCGGUGGCGUUGGUGGAUCGACCAGUAAAAAGGCGAAAAGCAGCACCGCAGCGUGCGCUGUCUCACCGGUGUUACUAGAGUGUCCUGAACAAGACUGCAGCAAAAAGUACAAGCACGCUAACGGGCUAAAGUACCACCAGAGCCAUGCACAUGCUGGCAGUGCGUCUUCGAUGGAUGAGGAUUCAUUGCAAGCUCCCGAGUCGCCGCAACGGAUAGCACCUUCACCGACCACCAACAGUACGGCACCGUCACCACUGUCAAUGGUCGUCGGCAGCAAUACAGCUCUUCCUACAGCAGGCACAGGUAGCAGCGGUUCGUCGUCCGCGGGCAGCAACAGUGAACUCGUGCUGGCCCUAUCUACCACGUCGGGUGGGUCAGGUUCCAGCUCUGCCAUAGCGACAUCAUCUGCUCCUUCACCAUCGCAAACAAUGCCCGGAUCUACUUCCUGCAUUUCAACCGUGUCUAGUCAAUUGUCACAACAAAAUUUAGCAUCUAAACAACAGCCUCUUGGCCCAAAUAGUGCCAACGCAAUCAACAAUGGAACUGCUGGGGGUAGUAUUAGUUCGCAGGACGCUAGCUCAGCGGCGACACACGCAGCUAGUAAUAUUUUACAUCAGUCAUCAUCUACCGAUCAAAUUCCAUCAUCUACUGCAUCCGCGAUCCCGCUUGGUGGUGGUAGUGACCAUCCAGAUCUAAGCCACGGUUCCGUUGGAGGGGCUGACAUGUCGGCAGAUGGCACUUCUACAGCUAUGAACGAUGAAGAUCCAAGUGUGACAGGAGGAAUGAAUGCUAAUGCGACUGCACCGGUUGCAAUAGCAAGAACACCGGCGGUUAACAUAGCAAUGUUGUCAAAUACCGCAGCUGCCACACCGGUGGAUGCCCAUAAACCUCCUCACAGCUACGCUAAGCAGAAGAAAAGUCGUAAGUCUCCCGGCCCCUCUACCAACACCGAUUAUGACUCACUGGCUUCAUCGGCGGCUAAUCGCACGGAAGACGUACAAAGCCCAGCUUACAGUGAUAUUAGUGACGAUUCCACUCCCGUUACCGAUGCGACUGAUCUUCCCAUGGGGGGAACAGAAAAAUCAAAAGGAUCUCAUCUAACGGAAGGCACCAGGAAAACGAACGAAGCUCCGGUAGAAUCGGUGAACAAUUCUAACACCAGCGCUCCAAGCACGGGUGGUCCACUUGGACCACUGUCAAGCUAUGGCCUCUAUCCAUAUUAUGCCGGGUUGCCCCAUCAGCAGCCACCGCCACCGCCGCCUCCGGGAGGUCCAUACUUUCCCACGGCGGCUGACCUCGGUGCGAAUAAGCCACCACCGCCACCACCCAUCGGUUCGGUCCCGUUACCUCAUGUUGUAGCAACAAGCAUUGCGCCUCCGUCUGUCUCCUCCGUGGCUGGAGGACCGCUCGAGUAUAGCAAAAAUAAGGAGCCGCCAUUGGAUCUUAUGAACAAACCAAACAACACAGGACCACCACAACCACAUCCAUUACAUCAAUCGCAACCUCCGCCAUCGGCAUUACCGCCGCCACCAUCAUUAGCACCAAGUGGACCACCCACUGGACCGGAUGGUGUUCGCACAGCCGGUGGGCUAAUGAUGAAUCCUGCUGUAGCUAGCGGGUUAUCCUCAAUGACGGGCGGUAACGAUGUGAAGGAUGGCUCCAUGUUAAACGCUGGUCCACCUCCACCACCGGGUGGCAAAGUAUUGCCACACUACUAUCCUUACGGCUAUGUUCCACCGGGGUAUAAUUAUCCUGGUCUGGAUGGUGGUUAUGGGCAGCUCUCAGUAAUAUCGGAUGAAACCAAGCACAGUCCGGUUGUAACAGUCAAGGAGGAACGGUUGAAAGAGAGCCAAAGUCCUAACGAGUAUAAUAAAAUGGGUGCUUCGCCGCUCAUGGCCUCAAAACUCAUUAAAACGGAAUCUACUAAAGACAUAAAGACUGAACCUGGCCUAAGUGGAAGUGGCGGCGCAUCAUUACACGGACCCGGCUUGCACCCUAAAGAUCCUCAACAAGUUGGCCCAACUCAACAACCGCCUUCCCUACCGCCACAAUCACUCGGUCCAUAUGGUAGCAUGUUCCGACAUGGACUGGGCGUUGGCCCACCACCCGGUGGUCCUCCACCGCCGUCCCACAUUGCAACGUCUAGAGAGGAAGAUCUUAGAAGAAUGUUCAGCUACACUGAUCAACGGCGCAAUCCCCCUCCAUCGGGUCAUCCCGGGGGUCCACCAGGUCUACCACCCGGACUCAAUCCAAAGGAUGAGCCACAUUCACCUUCGUCGCACGGGCAAUCGCAACAGCAAUCGGGAUUGCAUGGACAAUCGCUGUCGGGUCAAAGUUCGGGCAAAAGCUCAAAAUCUUCGGGACAAUCUGGCUCGUCAUCAUCGUCCGGUGGGGGAGGCAGCAAAGGGAUGGGAAAAGGUUCCGAUAGUGGCGGCGGAAGCAUCAAGCAGGAGGAUAAGGAAAGUAGUGCGCUAAAAUUGAAACAGCAGCAGCAAGAGGGUCAAAAACCUACGAUGGAAACGCAAGGUCCACCGCCACCGCCAACGUCACAGUACUAUUCACCUUCGCUCUACAUGAGCGCCUCACCAUUUGGGUUUGAUCCAAACCAUCAAAUGUACCGGCAGAUGUUGGUGUCGACUGCACCGUACUCUGCCGCACCGUACCACUUGCAAAUUCCGCGCUUCAAUCACCCGCCCGAGGAUCUCUCGCGGAAUCAAAGUACGAAAGCGCUUGAUCUGCUGCAGCACCAUGCCAGUCAGUACUACAACUCACACAAGAUACACGAGCUUAGCGAGCGCGCAAUGAAAAGUCCGACCAGCAACAGCGUUAAAGUAAGCGUAUCAAGUCCCAAUCUCUCGCAGCAACCAGGUUGCCAAAAUCCUAAUCUAUGCAUUCCUCCACCAAACAGUAGUAGCGCAGGAUUGUCUUUACAGCAACAACAGCAGCAGCAGCAACAACAGUCAGUUGCUGCCGCACAACAACAAUCAGCAAAUUCUAGUGGUGGUGGUGGUGGUAGUAGUGGUGGAGGCGGUGGUGGUGGACCACCACCAUUACAGCAAUCAUCACAACCUCCUUCAUCGGGAAACCAUAUGCAAGGAAAUUCAGUAAGUAGCAAUAGCGGGAACGGUGGUAAUGUAAAUAGUGGUAACAGUAGUGCCAGUGGUGGUCCUGGAGGAGCAAAUAACGCAAGCGGCAAUGGUGGGAGCGGUGGUAAUGCUGGCAUUGACGGCCAAGGCAAAGACCAUGGUGGCGGUGGUAGUACCGGCAGUUCGCAACAACAACAACAAUCUGGUGGGGGUGGUUCGAGCAGUGGUGGAAAUGCCGGAACACGAAGUCCACCACCGCAACGUCACGUGCACACUCACCAUCAUACCCACGUGGGACUUGGUUACCCGAUGUUUCAAGCACCAUACGGAGCCGUACUAGCGAGUCCUCAGGCGGCGGCCGUUACUGUGCUAAGUCCUUUCCAGACGGGACCACCAACCAAGUGAAGCAAGAAAACUAAUCGGCCUGCCAGAUAAUAAGCACCGAAGAUUGGCAACAGCAGCGCGUGUUCCUUUUGCAGUUGGGUUGUAUAUGUGCGUGUAUGCGAGUGCGCGUGUGUGUGUACGUGUGUGUGUGUGUGUGAUAAACAUAUGACUAAUGAUCCCAAUACUCUCUUUUUCCGCACACCUACACUCUAUUAUCAUUACUCUCGUCGCUAUGAAGCAACGGACAACGGAAAUGGUUAGGAAGUAAAGAAAUCCUUUUCUUAGCGAUAAACAAGACGAAGCAAAUCAUUUACCUUGCAGAUAAAUUGGUAGUAAUUUAAAGCGGACCAGUUCAGUUCAAGUAGUGUAUCUAAUGGUGUAAACAGGUAGUAAAAUUCUUACAAACUACUAUUGUAUCAUUUUGAGUGGUGGUAUAGAGCUUACACAUGCAUGGCGGAUUAGGUUUUACUGUAAUGGUAAAAAUUGGGUCGCGGUAUCAUACACCCGUAAGCCACCAUAACGAAAGCGUAUAUGAUCAGUAUAAUGCGUGAUAUGUAAGGGACAGCUAAUAGGGGUUUUGUUUAAUAUUUUGGCGUAGUGUACGCUAUGUUACGCAAUCUGAGUAUGCCGCACGUAAAUGACACAAAGAAUGCUGCUCAUGUUCGCAAGGUUAGUUUGGAUGGACUAACCGUUAUAUGCCCUGAGGAAGGUGUAAAGUUGUGAAAUUCGGAUUGUAAACUGGCUGAGACCAAGAUGAUGGCUUGGGUGACACAUCGUCGAAGUCUUCCAAAACUUUACAAACGUACGGUUUGCAACACUGACGUUGAGCUACCGGUGUAAGGAUGCUGGCUUUGGAACAUUGAUCGUGCGGUACUGGCUGGCGUGGUGUACACCGUUAGAGUGACGAGUUCGGUCCGUAGUUGCACAAUGAUCUCACUAAUUGUGGAGUGCAACGUGGUAACGACAACAUCGGACGAUCUUGUAUAGACCAAUCCAGAUAAGUCCACAGGGGGCAUUGUCCGUGAUUCCUAAGCGGUUAAAGUACUCGUUAACUAAUCUGUCUGAUUCUAUUGUUUCCAGUCAUGUUCUUGAAUUUGAUUGAUUUUUUCUUGACCGCAAAUUCAUUUUUCGAUUGCUUACUUAUGUGUUAUGCCUCUUUUAUGAUGCGCUUAGAAGUAAAAUAUUGUUCUAAGCCUAGCAGAGUGUCGCUAAAAACGGAAAAGUCUAGCCUCUAAUAUAUGCAAAACCCAUUCACGACAAAUGAUCAAUGUUAUUCGAUAGCGAACAAAUACAAAUGUUCCCCACACCAGUUGCAAGGGUGUAAAUAUUGCGCCGCGUGUGUUUGAAGAAGCGAAAAAGGAUAGUGUAUGGUGAUAUCAGGUCAAGUAUUAUAUUCACGGUCGAAGUUGUAUCGCACAGCGAACACAUGGAAACGCUUCGUUUGUGUGGGUGACGAUGUGUCCAUGAAACUUCUCACUAUUUCAUGACGUUAGGUUUGCUUUAAGAGCUAACAAUGGAGAAAAAUGGUGGUGACCUUGCGACAGAGGUUCACCUUUUUUCACUAUCGGAUAAAUGAUCUUAAGAAAAUAAAAGCAUAUGGAAGGAAGAACG